ACGCCCUAGUCCCGAUAUGGAAGGCGUCACGUGAUAUCCGACCGCCCGCCGCAUUUCGACCUCAUCUCCGGAUUGCGAAAACGAAGGGCGUCAUUACCAGGACCUGUUGUUGUCGCUCGGCAUUGCUGCCAAUUGUCUUUCUCUCCGCUCCUUCUCCGUCCUACCUACACAUCAUGUUCUUCGCCAGGCGAUCGGUGGCCUCGGUGCGGCCUUUGCUGCGGAACCAGCAGCCGCGACGAUUCGCUUCUCACGCUGCUCACGCCGAGCCAGUGAACGAGGGCGUCGGUCGCAGUUUCUACGUCGCCGUCGGUUCCUUCGCCUCCAGCUACGUCCUCUACCGUAUCCACAAGUCGACACAGGAUGCCGGCGAGCAAUCGUGGAUCUCCAACCUGAUCCAAAAAUGGACCCCCGAUGAGAAGAUCUUCGAGGAGAGAAAUGCUAUCCACACUGUGGCCAUGGAGAAGGCUGCGUACGACCGUCACUUGUUCCAGAGUCAGAAUCCCGCGCAAGCUUAUGACUUGAAGCAGCCCGAGGUGAGCUUCAACUCCGGUGCCCCGUGGAACGUCUCUGCCGGUUCGCAGGCCAACCUGAGCGCCGUUGUCGCACACUACGACCGCCAGAACCAGAAGGUUGAGGAGUCUCGUGUUGCACGGAUGAAGGACGGCAAGGUUGUGUCUCUAUAUGAUUAAACAAAAUCAAUACAUACGGUCUUUGUUUCAAUUUGUUCGGAUGAUUCCAAUAUGCAGGAGAGUGGAGAUGGGUUGUACAUAUACUGGGCUAGCAAAUCUUUAUCGGGUUC